AGAGAGAGUGACACCUACACACACACAAACACACAUACACACACACACACACACAGCUGUACUUGUGCACCGGACAGCUGAGUGUCGGUCACACACGGUGCAUGUGACAUGUGAGUGACGGUGUGAUGCGUCGUGUCGCUGCAGCGGAGCGGCAGGAAACUCCAGAGGCUCCGAGCGGCUCCUGUCAUCACAUGUCAUCCACCGAGAGAGAGCAGAUCUGGAUUUGACCUCAGAGGACUGGACUUGUUGAAGCAGGGUCCAUGGAGGAGCUGGAGCCAGAGGAGCAGUUCCUGCGCUGUGCCCGUAAUGGAGAUCUGCCUGGGAUUCAGAAGCUCCUCAUGUCCACGAUCAAGGAGGAGACACGGAUCAACAUCAACUGCAAAGGUAAGAGUAAGUCAAACCUGGGAUGGACGCCUCUUCACUUGGCUUGUUACUUUGGACACAAAGAUGUAGUGGAGGAAUUGCUCAAGGCGGGGGCAGAUGUUAACUUGCCCAAUAAUAUUGGAGAUUCGCCGCUGCACAAAGCCGCCUUCACGGGAAGAAAGGAGGUUGUCAUGCUGCUGCUGCACUAUGAUGCAUGCGCUACUGUCAUCAAUGGGACAGCACAGAUUCCCAAAGAUGUCACUCAAAAUGCAGAGAUCAGGAGCAUGUUGGAAGCGGCCGAGCGGACAGAGGAGAGGAAACUGGAGGAGCAACUUUUGGAAGCUGCACGAGAAGGAGACCUGUCAACACUAACUCAGCUGCUCAGCAGGAAGAAGCCUCCAGACAUCAACUGCUCAGAUCUGCUGGGUAACACUCCGCUGCACUGUGCGGCCUAUCGGGGCCAGAGGCAGUGUGCCCUGAAGCUGCUCAAGAACGGGGCCGGCCCCAACAUCAAGAACAAGAAAGGCCAGACAGUGUUUGACCUUGCCAGCGAUACAGCAAUGAAGCAGGUCCUCGAGGGCAGCGUUCAUCGGGGCACAACCCGCCUCGUCAAGAAGUAUGAGGGACUCCUGUGGAAGAGCUCCAGAUUUUUUGGCUGGCGCUCCUACUGGGUCGUCCUUCAGGAUGGGGUUUUAUCCUGGUACUCAAAACAGUCAGAUGCAGCGUCUAAUGUCAGAAGGCAAGGCUGCAAGUCCUUGACACAUGCCCACUGUUUGAUCCGAGCCAAAGAUAACUGCUUUUUCACCCUCAAGUGCUUUGAUGACAGUGUGCAUCACUUCAAGGUGUCGCCUCAAAGCGACCCGGAGGCAACGAGAAAAGCGUGGCUGGGUGCAAUGGAGGAGCACUCGGCUUACAGCACACACUACUGCUCCCAAGAGCAGGGCAGCGAGGAAGAGGAGGAGGAGGAAGUGAUCUCACUUGGGGAGUUAACAGACUCACUACAGACAGCGGAGUCCAGCCAGAAGAAGCUGGAGAAAGAGGUGGCAGCCUUCCUGUCCAUGGUGAAAUAUGACGCACUAGCAGAAAGCUUUCCAGCUGCCGUACUGCAAAAGAUGCAAGAAAUCUGCAAGUUGUCCAGUGAGACCAGUUCCAGUCUCAGUGUCUGUCUCGGCCUCUUGUCCAAACAGGAAGGGGUGCGCAGUCUGAAAUUGGAGCAGGAGGUAGAGAAGAAUAAGAUCCUCUCCGAGGCGCUGCAGACUCUGGCCACGGAGCACCACGAACUUGAGCAAUCCGUCGUCAAGGGAUCUUCACCGCGGAGUGCCCUCAGCGAGGAUGAGUUCCACGACGCCUUGUCUGAAUCGGACUCGGAGAUCUCCCUGAGUGGCUUUGAGACGGUGGCCAGCCAUUCCUUUGACGAGGACGAAGAGGAGGACGAAGGCUCUGUCAUGUUAAGCAGCCCUUGUGGCAGCCCCACCAGCAUGUUGCAGGAGGAUCACCAUAGCGACAAAGACAAGACUCAACCCAAUGGGAUCACAGAGCAUAGGGCCAGCUUACCUGCACCAAUGUUUUCAAGAAAUGACUUCAGCAUUUGGAGUAUCCUGAGGAACUGCAUUGGAAUGGAACUCUCCAAGAUCACAAUGCCGGUGAUUUUCAACGAGCCGCUCAGCUUUCUGCAGCGUCUGACAGAGUACAUGGAGCACACGUACCUCAUUCACCAGGCCAGCGCCUCCUCAGACUCUAUUGAGCGAAUGAAGUGUGUGGCUUCGUUUGCGGUGUCCGCUGUGGCCUCCCAGUGGGAACGGACAGGUAAACCGUUCAACCCCCUGCUGGGAGAAACUUAUGAACUGGUCAGAGAGGAUCUGGGUUUCAGGCUCAUAUCGGAGCAGGUGAGCCACCACCCACCAGUCAGCGCCUUCCACGCUGAGGGUCUGAAACAGGACUUUGUGUUUCAUGGAUCCAUCUACCCCAAACUCAAGUUCUGGGGCAAGAGUGUGGAAGCUGAGCCAAAAGGCGCCAUCACGCUGGAGCUGCCCAAGCACAAUGAGGCCUACACAUGGACAAAUCCAACGUGUUGUGUUCACAACAUCAUUGUGGGUCAGCUGUGGAUCGAGCAGUACGGGAAUGUGGAGGUGAUCAACCACAGAACUGGAGAAAGGUGCUUCCUGAAUUUCAAACCUUGUGGCCUUUUUGGAAAAGAACUGCACAAGGUUGAAGGAUAUAUUCUGGACAAAAGCAAAAAGAAGCUUUGUGCUCUUUAUGGGAAGUGGACAGAGUGUCUGUACGUUGUGGACCCUGCUGCCUUCGAAGCGCACAAGAAAAAUGGCAAGAAGGGGUCAGAAGAGAAAAAGGGCAGCAAAGCGGGCUGCAGUGAGGGUCAGGAGGGAGCUCCUUCACCUGCUGCAGACACUGUGGAAGUGAUUCCUGGCAGCCAGCUGCUGUGGAGAAUCGCACCCAGACCAGCCAACUCUGCCCAGAUGUACAGCUUCACGUCCUUCGCAAUGCAGCUGAACGAGCUGCGUAAGGAGAUGGAGGGAGUCAUUCCUCGGACAGACUGCCGGCUGAGACCGGACAUACGAGCCAUGGAGAACGGUGACAUCGAUCUCGCCAGUGAGGAGAAGAAGAGGCUUGAGGAAAAACAGAGAGCUCAUCGCAAAAGCCGCUCCAAAUCUGACGAAGAGUGGAAAACAAGGUGGUUUCAACAAGGCCAAAACCCUCACAACAGCUCCCAGGACUGGCUCUUUUCUGCUGGAUACUGGGACAGGAAAUACAGCCAGCUUCCAGACAUUUACUAAUGGACAUCUUCUGCACAGAGAAAUUUCCACUGUACCGUGUCCUCUGUGCAGAGCUGCAUCAAAUGUUUUAUUAAUGGAAAAGCUACCGUUACCCCAAGCAAUAUACGAUCAGUAUACUUAAACUGUGUGGCCUUAAUCGACUAUAUAAUGGUACAACUGCAAAAGAAUUUAGAAUUUCUGAAAUGUAAAGUUAUAUGACCCUUUAAUGUUUUGCAUUUGUAUUUAUAGUGGAGAGGUGCUGAUGCACAGGCGUUUUAAUGUACAGCAGUCUGCUUUAAAAAGCAUUCUGAUAUAUGUGUAUAUACUUCACACAAACCGUCAGUGACCUCGUCGUAUAAUCCACUUUUCCUCGAGAAAUCUCACAAAAAGCAACAGUUCAAUUCAUGUUAUGUUAACAUGUGUCGGUCUCUUCUCCUGAUGCAUUUUGCCACCUCGAAGGAGGUGUGCCAAGUACUUAAAAAACACAAAGUAUGUUUUCUAUAUCACUAUUACACUUACUGUCGUGAAUAACUGACUGUCACAUGUUUUGAUUGUUUUUAUGGUUCUGUCCACUGAGGCCUGUGUCUGUUAUUCACCGUGCACCAUAACAUAUACGUAUAUAUAGAAUUGAGUUUUGUGUAGAGUGAAGGUCAACUAAUAUUUUUGCUGAAAAUAUAAAAAUUUUGUAUCAUACAAUCUGUCAAACAAACUAAACAUAGUUGUUUGGGGGUGUUUACGUCACAAGUUGUAGAAAAUACUGAAUUUUUUGUUGUUUUGCCUCCACAUUGAGCAUUAUAAUAUUUUAUUGCAAACCUAAAUAAAACACUGUGUAUUCAUGUAUGUUUUUACCAUUUAUGUUAGGUAGGCUCGAAAAGACAAAUUUCAGAGGAAUCUGAAAAUAAAGUGUGAUCUGAUCAAA